GAGCCCCAGGUUUCGGCUCUAAAGAGGCCCCAGUCGGUAACCAGCCAUGAGCUGUGAGGGUCAAACUGGCAGACUUCGCUAAACACAGCCACCCAUUGGACCAUCCGCAUACUGCCUUCCUGAGUCCCGGGCAAUAGAAGACAGGUGGCUCUACCCUUGGUCGAGGGUAGGUGUGGCACGGCGGUCUGCUGCUGUGCCCUCAUUGGCUUCCACGCAAUCAGAUCAACAGAAGGAGCAACUGCCAUCUGAGGCUCCCGACCCAACCCAGGGCCAUUCACCAGGAGCAUGGGGCUCCCUGAUGUCCAGCCCCAGCUGGUGCUGCUGUGGGCACUGGUGUGGGCACAGGGGGCAGGGUCUGCGUGUACAUCCUGCGGAGGCCCCACGCCGGCGCCCCAGGCAGAACGAGCUCUGGUCCUGGAGCUAGCCAAGCAGCAGAUCUUGGAGGGGCUGCAUCUGACCAGUCGUCCCAGAAUAACUCACCCUCCACCCCAGGCGGCGCUGGCCAGAGCCCUCCGGAGACUGCAGCCAGGAAGUGUGGCUCCAGCAAAUGGGGAGGAGGUCAUCAGCUUUGCUACCAUCACAGGUCCCUCCACCUCAGCCUGCAGCUCCAUGCUCACCUUCCACCUGUCCACAGCCCAGUCCCACCACCUGUACCACGCUCGCCUCUGGCUGCACGUGUUCCCCACCCUUCCUGGCACUCUUUACUUGAGGAUCUUCCGAUGGAGCCCAGGUAGCGGGCACCAAGGGUCGCACACCCUCCUGGCAGAGCACCAGACAACAGCCCCGGGCUGGCACGCCCUCACUCUGCCCUCUAGUGGCUUGAGGGGUGAGGAGUCCCCUGUCCUGAAACUCCAGCUGAACUGCAGACUCCUAGAAGGCAACACCACCUCUGCCCAAAAGCCUCGGCAGCUCCUGGACACAGCGGGAGACCAGCGGCCCUUCCUGGAGCUUAAGAUCCGGCCCAGUGAGCCUGGAGCCAGUCGGGCCAGGAGGAGGACCCCCACCUGUGAGCCUGAGACCCCCUUAUGUUGCCGGCGAGACCAUUAUGUGGACUUUCAGGAACUGGGAUGGCGGGACUGGAUCCUGCAGCCCGAGGGGUACCAGCUAAAUUACUGCAGCGGACAGUGCCCCCCCCACCUGGCUGGCAGCCCCGGCAUUGCUGCCUCCUUCCAUUCAGCUGUAUUCAGCCUCCUCAAGGCCAACAACCCUUGGCCCUUGGGUACUUCCUGCUGUGUCCCUACGGCCCGAAGGCCUCUGUCUCUCCUCUACCUGGACCGGGAUGGCAAUGUGGUCAAGACAGAUGUGCCCGAUAUGGUGGUGGAGGCCUGUGGCUGCAGCUAGUGAGAGGACCUGGGGAUUUGGAGUAAAGAGAUCAGUUGGGGGUUCCCAGGCAAAGGGCAUCUGUGGUGGGAGACGUGGCCUGAUCCACACCCCCACCUAAUGGGCGGGGUGGCAAGAUGACCGGGGUGACCCUUAGGGGACCCAAAGGGGCACUUGUCGGUCCAGGCUCUUGCCUAUUCCAGGCUGGUUGAUGUGUGGGGAGAUGGGGAAAGUGUGUUCUCUAGAGGAGUCUCCCCAGAAAGCUUGAUUUCCGACCUAAGCCCCCUGAGAAGGCGGC